GCUCCUCCCGGGACAAGGACCGGAGUGCAUCGGUCAAUAGCUCAGGGCCCAUGCCUGCUGGAGGAAAAGGAAGCCGGCCCAGCUGUCCCCCGUCUGCGCCCCAGAGGUCCCCCAACCGCCUGAUUAAUGAGAAGUCACCGUACCUCCUACAACAUGCCUACAAUCCUGUGGACUGGUACCCCUGGGGACAGGAAGCCUUCGACAAGGCCAGGAAAGAAAACAAGCCAAUUUUCCUUUCAGUGGGGUACUCCACCUGCCACUGGUGCCACAUGAUGGAGGAGGAGUCCUUCCAGAACGAGGAGAUCGGCCGCCUGCUCAGCGAGGACUUCGUCAGCGUGAAGGUCGACCGCGAGGAGCGGCCAGACGUGGACAAGGUGUACAUGACGUUCGUGCAGGUGAGCGGUCUUCCCACGCGAGUGUGUGCGCUGCUCGCGCUCCGGGGGCGGCUCCCCUCACGCCUGCCCCCUCUCCCCCAGGCCACCAGCAGUGGUGGGGGCUGGCCCAUGAAUGUGUGGCUGACGCCCAGCCUCCAGCCCUUUGUCGGGGGCACCUACUUCCCUCCCGAGGAUGGCUUGACCCGAGUUGGCUUCCGCACAGUGUUGCUGAGAAUACGGGAGCAGUGGAAACAGAACAAGAACACACUGCUAGAAAACAGCCAGCGUGUCACAACCACCCUGCUGGCCCGGUCGGAGAUCAGCACGGGUGACCGCCAGCUGCCGCCCUCUGCGGCCACCAUGAACAGCCGCUGCUUCCAGCAGCUGGAUGAGGGCUAUGACGAGGAGUAUGGUGGCUUUGCAGAGGCCCCCAAAUUUCCGACACCAGUGAUCCUCAACUUCCUGUUCUCCUACUGGCUCAGCCAUCGCCUGACCCAGGAUGGCUCUCGGGCCCAGCAGAUGGCCUUGCACACCCUGAAAAUGAUGGCCAACGGGGGCAUCCGGGACCACGUGGGGCAGGUGAGGGGGCUGGGUGUUCUCUGGAGGGGCAGUGGGAGGCAGUGGGUGAGGCAGAAGCUGGGAGCAGCCUCUAGCCCCACGUCCCGCCUGGCACAGGGCUUUCACCGCUACUCCACGGACCGCCAGUGGCACGUCCCGCACUUCGAGAAGAUGCUCUACGACCAGGCACAGCUCGCAGUGGUCUAUUCACAGGCCUUCCAGAUCUCUGGCGAAGAAUUCUAUUCUGAUGUUGCCAAAGGCAUCCUGCAGUAUGUGUCUCGGAGCCUGACCCACCGGUCUGGAGGCUUCUACUGUGCUGAGGACGCAGACUCGCCCCCAGAGCGGGGCAUGCAUCCCAGAGAGGGCGCCUUCUACGUGUGGACGGUCAAAGAGGUCCAGCAGCUCCUGCCUGAGGCUGUGCCGGGUGCCACCGAGCCGCUGACCUCCGGCCAGCUCCUCAUGAAGCACUACGGGCUCACGGAGGCCGGCAACAUCAGCCCCACUCAGGACCCCAAGGGGGAGCUGCAGGGCCAGAACGUGCUGACUGUCCGGUACUCACUGGAGCUGACCGCUGCCCGCUUCGGCUUGGACGCGGAGGCCGUGCGGACCUUGCUCAAUGCGGGGCUGGAGAAGCUCUUCCAGGCCCGGAAACACCGGCCCAAGCCGCACCUGGACAACAAGAUGGUGGCCGCCUGGAACGGCCUGAUGGUGUCCGGCUAUGCUGUGACCGGGGCUGUCCUGGGCCUAGACAAGCUGGUCAGCUGUGCCACCAAUGGUGCCAAGUUCCUGAAGCGGCACAUGUUUGAUGUGGCCAGUGGCCGCCUGAUGCGGACCUGCUACACCGGCUCAGGAGGGACCGUGGAGCACAGCAACCCGCCCUGCUGGGGCUUCCUGGAGGACUACGCCUUCGUGGUGCGGGGCCUGCUGGACCUGUACGAGGCCUCACAGGAGAGCGCGUGGCUCGAGUGGGCUCUGCGGCUGCAGGACACGCAGGACAGGCUCUUCUGGGACUCCGAGGGUGGCGGCUACUUCUGCAGCGAGGCCGAGCUCGGGGCUGGCCUGCCCCUGCGUCUGAAGGACGACCAGGAUGGUGCAGAGCCCAGUGCCAAUUCCGUGUCGGCCCACAACCUGCUUCGGCUGCACGGCUUCACGGGCCACAAGGACUGGAUGGACAAGUGUGUGUGCCUAUUGACCGCCUUCUCAGAGCGCAUGCGUCGUGUCCCGGUGGCGCUGCCCGAGAUGGUCCGCACCCUCUCAGCCCAUCAGCAGACCCUCAAGCAGAUCGUGAUCUGUGGAGACCGCCAGGCCAAGGACACCAAAGCUCUGGUGCAGUGCGUCCACUCUAUGUACAUCCCUAACAAGGUGCUGAUUCUGGCGGAUGGGGACCCCUCGAGCUUCAUGUCCCGCCAGCUGCCCUUCCUCAGUACCCUGCGACGGCUGGAAGACCGUGCCACUGCCUAUGUGUGUGAGAAUCAAGCCUGCUCCCUGCCCAUCACUGAGCCCUGCGAGUUACGAAAACUGCUCCAUCAGUGACUGCCCCAAGCCCCCUUGGGUUGGGGCAGAAGGUGGAGCUUCUCAAAUGACCUGAGACUCAGGCCCUGAAGGGCCCUGCAGAACCUGUGGCCAUGCCUGGGCACUCUGCCACCAGGUGAUCUCGGCCAUCCUCACUGCCUCCCUGUGGGCACCCACUCAACCUGGAAUAAACCAAACAGCGUCCCGCGGUAA